CUGAUGGUCGCCUGCUGCCGGGGCUUCGUGGACAUCGUGCCGCUCCUCCGGCUCUGCCCCCACGUGGACGUCAACCAGCAGGACACGGAGGGCAACACGGCGCUGAUGAUGGCCGCGCAGGCAGGGCACGUCACCAUCGUUAAUUACCUCCUCAAUUACUUCCCGGCGCUGGACGUGGAGCGGCGCGACGCCCGCGGGCUGACGGCGCUGAUGAAGGCGGCGGUGCAGGGCCAGCGCGACUGCGUGACGGCGCUGCUGCUGGCGGGAGCCGACCUGCACGCCGUUGACCCCAUCAAAGGGAAGACAGCCAGGGAGUGGGCCGCCUUCACCGGCCGCUUCGAGACCACCGUCCGCAUCCGGACCCUCCUGCGGCGCCCACGGGCCGAGCAGUUUGGCACCCAUUACCUCCCCGAAUGGCCGGCGCUGGCCGGGUUGGUGGCCAAAGCCCUGAGCCCCAAAUCCCGCAGCCAACGGCUUGCAGAGAAGAUCCGCUCCCUCUUCACCUUCCGCAUCCCCCGCGACCCGGAGGAGGACGGCGUGUUGGACCACAUGGUGAGGAUGACCACCUCCCUCGCCAGCCCCUUUGUGAGCACCGCUUGCCGGACCGUCUGCCCUGAUAGCCCACCCCAAGUGGGCAAGAGGAGGCUUUCAGUGGCGGAGAUCCUCCAGGAGCCUGGGGCAGCGCCGUGCAGUGGCCAAGCGGUGGGGCACGACCCACAAGUUGGCGAUGGCCGAGUCGCGUUGGACCGAGCGGCGGUGGAGACGUCACCGCGCCGUCGCCGCUUCCUGGGCUUCCUGCCCCGGCUGCUCCGCGCCGACUCCAUCUUCCCCGGGGAGCGCGUGCCCAGGAUCAAGCUGAGCAAAGCCAGCUCUCCUCCGGCCUGCGGGAGGGAGAGGAGACCCCGCGCCCGGGACAAAGCGCUGCUCCAGCCGCCCAAAUGGAGAUACAAGGAGCUGAAGGAGGAGAAGCGAGCAGCCGAGGAGGCAGAGGGGGAAAAGAAGAGGAAAAAGGGGAAGAAGGGGCGCUGA